AUGGUUCUGGACAUUUCCCGCAACCUCUUCUCCAAUUUUCGGGUUCGUGCCGUUCUGCACCGCAACCCCGUGGCAUGGGACCUCGAGGUCGUUCAGUCGGACGGGCUUGCCUAUGCUGCCAUUCAGAGCCAGCAGCCUCCAGGCGACGAGAAGUUGUCCGACGACAUGGACAUCUUCUGA